CCAUAACCAUGGCAUCGAGGUGUUCAACUUAUUUAUUUAAAAAACCGCUAAUUUAAUUAAGAUGUUAAUUUUAAAAAUGUUGCAUGGCGUGAAAACGGCGACUGUCCGCCUGGGCCGCCAGUACACGUCGAAGGCUAAGCGCAGCGUACUGUUGCAGGACCAGAAAAAAGUCAAAAACUAUGAACCAAAGACAAGCGAUGCCCAUACAAAUCGCGUGUAUGUGUGGGGCUUCCAGGAGACAGGAGCUCUCGGGCUGCAAACAAAUGUGAAGAAGGCCAAGGAACCUUACACGGAAAUGGUGCAUCAUCCGACCCGGCUGCAGUUCUCGAAUAACAAUGAAAUUACGGAUGUGACCGCCGGCUAUGGAUUUACGGUGUAUGCGGUGAAGCGGUCCGAUGGUCAAACAUUAUUCGGCAGCGGACUCAACACGGACUCGCAGCUGGGCUUUCAAGUCAAGGGCAAUAAAAAGGAUCCCGCCAACCUGGAUGUGAUAAUUUAUCCAACAGCAAUUCAGCUGCCGCGUGAGCAGGGCGAAACGGAUGAGGAUAUGCAAGUGCGCUGCAUGUCUGCCGGACGGGCACACCUCGUUGUGGUCACGCAGAACGGCACCGUUUUCACCAUGGGACACAAUGCGUACGGCCAGUGUGGGCGCUCCAUCAUUGAGGACGAGGUGUACACAGGCAGUUCGCUCAUACAUCGCAUAGCCCAGACGGAUAUAUGCGGUGCAGAGGAUGAAAUUGUGGCCGUCGAAUGUGGCCAGGAUCACACGAUGCUGCUGACAAAGCUGGGACGCGUUUAUAGCUGCGGCUGGGGUGCCGAUGGCCAGACAGGGCAGGGCAACUACUAUAGCGCUGGCCAGCUGACGCUUGUUGGCGGCGACAUUGAAAAGGAGCGCAUUGUGCGCAUUGCCUGCGCCUCGGACUGUGUGCUGGCGCUGAAUGAGCAUGGCGACGUCUUUGGCUGGGGCAAUUCGGAGUACGGCCAGCUGGAUGAUUCAACCGAUGCAGCGCCCCAGAUCUGUACGCCGCGAGCACUGCAGCUAACCAAGGGCAUAGGCAAGGUUAAGGAUGUGGCUGCAGGCGGCUCGUUUUGCAUGGCUCUGAACGAUCAGGGCCUGGUCUACACCUGGGGCUAUGGCAUCCUGGGCUUUGGUCCGUUUGUGGAGCAAACGUCCAAGCCGCAACACCUGCUGCCACCGCUGUUCGGACGCAAUGAUUUCAGCAAUGCAACCACUGUGGUCUCGAUUGGCUGCGGCGUCUUUCACAUGGGCGCCAUCAAUUCGGAUGGGGAUCUCUUUAUGUGGGGCAAGAAUCGCUUUGGCCAUCUGGGCGUGGGUCACAAAAAGGAUCAAUUCUUUCCCUUCAAGGCGGCCAUCAAUGGCAAGGUGCUGAAGGUGGCCUACGGCGUGGAUCAUACGAUAGCCUUGUGCCGGCCCCAUAUAUAAAUAAACCACAAUUAUUUAAAGAUCACAAAUUCGCGUUUUUAAUACAUUUAAAUCGAUUGAAGAACAUUUAGAUUAGGUUUCUUUUUACUAUUUUCUUGAUAAUGUUGUUGUCAUUUGUUUCUUCUUGCAAAUGUAAAUAGCUUUUUUUCGCACGCGUACGCAUUGAUUUAUAGUUAUAGAGUUUAAAGAGUAUAUAAUAUAAAAUAUGUACUUGGAAUCGAAUGCAUUGUGUAUUUAUAUGUAUCAAGUUGGGAAUGGGCUUUAUUUGGGUUUACUCUUGUUUGUUUUAUGGUUUCCCCAUUUAUAUUUAAAUAUACAAUAGAAAGUUGCAGCAAUCCUAAAUCUCUACUCGUUUAUCAAACCCAAUUCGCACACGUAUUUUUUAGUAUUUGUCACAAUUUCGUCAAUCGCAUUAAAUUGCUUUCUAGGUACAUUUCUUAACAGGGUUUCUUCUUUAUAUUUAUAUUUAUAUAUAUAUAUAUAUAUAUUUAUAUGUAUAUGAUUCGCUAUUCUUAACUGAGCUCGACGAGCGACAGUGCAGUCGCCGAGCCGCUUGGCCAAUACAAUACGAUCGGUUUCCAGUUGAUAAGCAUGGUUACAUCGAACAUGGAGCCGGGCGUGUGUCUUAGUUUCUAGCCCGACACGAGCACGCACAUCGCAACACGACGUGCUCGUGUUUAAGAAACAAAAUUGCGCACGACAACAAUUUACAUACAUAGAACAAAUUUCUUAAGGUAUAAAUUUGACUUAUAUUGCUAUUUAAAAUUAUGUAAAAUCAUAAGAUACGACAAGAAGAAAACAUGUUGAAAUUUUAGAAAAAUUCUAAUUAUAAUUAAGAAAUACUUUUAGGCCCAAACACGAGGCUAUAUUUCUUUUACAUUGUUUUUAUAAUUUGUGAAUAAUUAAAAUAUAUAUAUUAAAUUUAGUAAAUUGAAUUAACUGAAAGGCAAACAAGUAGAACAUUUCUCUUAAAUAACAAUAUGAUAUAAAAACAGGCACAAAUAAAAAUUAAGUAGGAAUAAAUAUUCUAUAAAAAA